UCUCGGGCUUGGGUUUGUGGCGUAGGGUUUGUGCGUUUGUGUUUAAUAGCGAGCGAGCUGGUUUGGCGUCGCCAAGGGUUCUAGGCGCUCAUAUCUCUUCACCGGUUUGCCACACACAGCCGCAAAGAUGAAUCGAGAGAAGCUGAUGAAGAUGGCUAGUGCUGUGCGCACCGGUGGAAAGGGCACAGUGAGGAGGAAGAAAAAGGCAGUACAUAAGACGACGACGACCGACGAUAAGCGUCUCCAGAACACGCUCAAGAGGCUGGGCGUGAACACCAUUCCCGGAAUCGAGGAAGUUAACAUCUUCAAGGACGACAUUGUUCUUCACUUUGUCAGUCCCAAAGUCCAAGCCUCGAUAGCUGCUAACACUUGGGUCGUGAGCGGACCCGUCCAGACAAAGAAGCUCACGGAACUGCUGCCUGGUAUCAUCAACCAGCUCGGUUUCUCGGGGCCGGAUAACUUGGAGAACUUGAAGAAGAUCGCGCAACAAUUCAAGCGGCAAGAGAGUGGCGGCGGCGGAGCUCCGCUUGGCACCAUCGAGGACGACGAGGAUGUUCCCGACCUUGUUCCUGGCGAAACUUUCGAAAAGCCUGCCGCCAAUCCUCCCGAAGAGGUUGUGGCAACCGCGUGAUACUAGCAGAGAAUAUUCUUGCUAUGUACUUGUAGCCCCUAGGGCAUAUUUUCCUUUUUUUCUAUUGUACCUAUCACGCGUUACAUAUUA